AAAUGUGAAGCACUGCUUUUUAGCUCGGAAAACGCAAAGCUUGAGAAAGAUGUUUUAGCCUUAGGUUUUUGAUGAGCAAAAGGAUUUUUCUUCAGCCAACAAAGCAGCUGACGUCAUUUUCACAGGCUGCCAUUGUGUUAGGCGUUAGCGCAUCAAGGUUAACAACAGUUGAGAGGCUCAUCUUUAUCCGUGAUCUUGUCAACUGUAAGACUUUGGCGAAAGAAACCGUUGGCACGGAGGCAUUCGCUUUUAUGAAUGGUUCUAUUCUUCAAUUGGCUUUAAACCUUGAAAUCGCAACUCUGAGAUCUUUUGAAGAGAAGAUUUUUUUCUUUCAUGAACGGGAAAAAAUCUGAUAUACAGUUAGUGUAAAAACCCAUAAAACAUCUGCAAUGAGUUUAGAAGACACCAACUCGGAACUGACGACGGAGACGAGGAACAGCCACAACGGAAGCAGAGACAGGCUUGGACUGAGCUUCACUAUUGACUACCUUCUGUUCAAUAGUGGAGUCGAACGUUCGAAAGGAGAAGUGACGGCAAGUAGCGCAGCAAAACAGACGGAGACCAGUCUGCUAAAUGAUCAGAAUCCUGAACUGAAAGAGAUGGAGAUUCAACGCAAAGAACAGGUGACGUGUCUACAAGAGCCAAACGCCAAAGCUGGGAAAAGUAAAACCAGUAAAGAGGAGUGGGACAAAAACCAACACGACGAGGGAGAGGAGGAAGUGACCACCACCACAUCGCCUACAAGCUGUAAUUCUGAGAAAUCCUUAGACAAACCCAAUCAGUCGUACAUCGCACUCAUCUCAAAGGCAAUCCUGGCGUCUGAUGAGAAGAAGUUGCUUUUGUGUGACAUCUACCAGUGGAUCAUGGACCAUUACCCUUACUUCAAGAGUAAGGAUAAGAACUGGAGAAACAGCGUGCGGCACAACCUGUCCCUCAAUGACUGCUUCAUCAAAGCAGGUCGAAGUGACAACGGCAAAGGUCACUUCUGGGCAAUCCACCCUGCCAACUACCAAGAUUUUUCUAAAGGGGACUACCAAUGCCGGAGGGCAAGAAGAAGGGCGCGCAGGGCGGCGACACAUAUCCGUCUUUCCUCCCUGACCUCCCCUCACCACCCUGCCGCCGCACUGGCCCCUCACAGAACAACCUGUUGGUGCUGCCCUCAGGUCCCGACAUUUCCUCUGUCCUGUUUUACACCUAGGCUCUACUGGCCGUGGUCCAGCAUGCAGCAACAAGUGGGGCUUCAGCUGGGUCUCAAUCCCUCUGUUCCCUGAAAGGGUUUAAGUCCUUCACUCUAUGUUUGCAGUUUGGUUGGAAUGUUUUUACAGUGCGAUAAAAUCAAAUUUCAUCAUGAUAUUUAUAUUGUGAGACAGUUAAAGUGUAUAUUGUAUCUUAAAGUUUCAGUAUUUUAAAAUUCCUGUAUUUUCCCCCACUUGUGUUCUGAUAUCACAGAGUUUUGUCAUAAACAUAUUAAAUAAUCAAUUUUCCCAUGA